AAAAAAAAAAUCGCAGCAAAAUUUUCUCUUCCUUUUCUCUCUGUGUGUCUGCGAUUUUCCGACGAAGAAAGAUUAAUGGAACCAAAAUCGCCCAUCACGGAUCUCCUUCCUCUGCCAUGAAAGAUUCCCUCGACGAGCUCUUCUUCUUCUUUUCUGUCCGCACGCUUCCCUGUUUCGGACCCAAAUUACGAGCGUUUUCCCAUUAUUAGAAACAAGAGAUAGAAUUGAAGAGUAAGUCCUUCAAGAGAGAGAAGGAGAGUAGAGAGAGAGAGAGAGAGAGAGAGAGAGAGAGAGAUUAAGAUGAUUGAAUUGCGAGAUGGGUUUUGCUUCCCGAGGGUCCUAGUGGGCGUUAAUGUUGGUCUCGCUCUUGUUGAUGUAGUUAUUUCCGUCCUUGCAUUUGCUCAGUUAAUCAGGAUUCACUCGAGGAAUUCGCAACUUGGGUGGACACGGCAGAAAGUGUUUCAUCUGAUGGUUGGCUCUUCUAACACGGGUUGCUUUUUAUAUUUUCUACUAACUCUUAUUGCUGCUUGGGAGGGGUGGCAAUGUUGGUCUCAUUCUUGUGGCUUUGCUUUCAUGGCUUUCCCCAAUAUCAUGUUUUUUGCAGCGUUUCUCCUUCUUUUAUCAUUCUGGGUUGAUCUCUGCCAUCAGGCAGACGACGAGGAUGAUGAGGAGGAAGAAAGCAACAUUCAGGAAUCUUUGUUGCAGAAGACAUUUAACGAACGGAGUUCACUAAAUACAGAAAAUCAUAGGAGAUGUUUACCUUUCCGGCUCAGCCAUAUUCGGAGCCGCCAAAGAAUUGUUAUUUUGGUAACUCUUCUAGUGUUUGUUAUAAUGCUGGCGUGUGCUGUGGUAAUCUGGAUUGGGAUGGGGAAAAAUCCCAUUGAUUCUGAGAUGGUGGCCCGGGUGUAUGUAGAUAUUUUUGCAGCAGCAACACUUCUAUUAGCAGGAGCACUAGCAUGUUAUGGAAUCGUACUAUGCUUGAAAAUGAGCAAAGUCAGAACUGAGAGAGCUUCUUCGGAGCUGUGGAAGGUUGCAGGUUUAGCUGUUGUUUGUGUUAUAUGUUUCACUUCAAGAGCUUUUGUGUCUCUGUUAACUGACAUUCCAAUGCUUUAUCACCGGCAUCAAGAGCAAGUGAAUGAUAAUGUCCGUACUUCUCUUCUACUAAUUUUAUAUUACUUUGUAGGUUUUUCAAUCCCCUCAGCCUUCCUAUUGUGGGUCAUGAGAGAAGUACCGCCCCUAGUAACGACUAACGUUCAAGAAGAAUCAGCUACAUUAACUUUCAUAAGUGAUGGUUCGGCUGCAAUACAAAACCCUCAGCGCUGGACAACGGUAACAAGCGUGAGUAAUCAGAUAUCAAGAGCAAGUCCUAUAUGACACGGUUUAUGUAUGCGAAGUAUGUUCUGUGUUCUAUUAAAUUUGUACUUGCACGCUAGAUUCGGAUGAACAAUCUUUAUCAGCGUAACAGCUUGGGAGACAUGAAAGAUGAGAAUGAAAGAGGCUGAUGAAUAUACCUUCUCAACAGGCAUUUGGAGUUUAGCCGUAAGGUUGCCAAUGCCAUGGUUUUGACUAUUAAAUUUUCAUUUCGGUUUCAGGCAUGUAAAUAGUACCAAUAUGCACAAGCGAUCUUUUCAUGUUAUAGAAAUUUUUGUGUUUUUUCUAUUA